AUGGACACAGCACCACCACAGCAACAGGGAGAAGCCAGGGAAACAACCGAGCCCCUAGAUCUCGUCCGCCUCUCCCUCGACGAACGGGUGUACGUCAAAAUGCGCGGCGAUCGCGAACUCAGGGGGAAGCUCCACGCCUACGACCAACACAUGAACAUGGUGAUGGGCGACGUCGAGGAAUCCAUCACGGUCGUCGACGUCAACGAGGUGACCUUCGACGAGGCUGUUCGGAUCGUGAAACGCAGCCACGAGAUGCUGUUCGUAAGAGGGGAUAGCGUUAUUCUUGUGAGCCCGCCGACGAGGGGUUAG